GUUUGUUGUUUUAACUCUGAGCUCUAUAUGGUGAUCUGAGAGAGGAUUGUGGUUUUGAGUUUCAAGGUAUUCUAAGUUUGAGACCUAUUGAUGGGGGUUCUAGGUAUGGAACAUUACUCUGCUGUGCUUACAGCCCAAUGUUAACGUUCACGGUGACCUGGGUGACAUGUCAACUAAGUAACAUUGAAUAGUGAUGGACUGAGUCAUCUACAUGCUUGUGUCCCUUGUAGCUACGCGUCUCUGGUGGUACAGGGGAGAUCAGUAAUGUGUGGACAUCUCGACUUGCUGUUUAUCUGCCCCUUGUUCCUGUGAUGACGUUGUUUUCUUGGCAGUACAGUUUUGUUGUUAUUUUUGUUUCUUAUUGGUGACAAGUUAUAGUUUUCUUUAAGGAUUUCGUUUGCGACUCUAGAUCUAGUGUUUCAAUGGGAUAAUAAAUCCAACGACACUUUACUCUGGCUUGAUUUAGCCAUAAAGUGUUGCACAGGGGGGCAAUAACUGUGUUGGACUUUUCACCUAGAUCUUCAGUUUCGCCGCUUAAGUCAGUUCAAUAUAAUCGACCGGUAGUUUUUUCGAUUUUUUUCUCUCUUCAUGUUUGUUUUGUUUGGCCUGUUCCCCUCCAGUAGAUAACAAAAGCUGCUGCUGACAUUAUUUGGAAUUCGGCUUAAGUCACACAGGUAAUACAAAAAGUCUCUCGGGUGAUACAACAGCCUAGAAGUUGGGCCAUCGAGAGUGUGCUUAUAUGUUUUAGUAAAGACUUUAUUGGCAUUGCCAGGAAUGUGAGUAUUGUGAAGGCUCAAUUGACAGUAACAUGAAUGUCUGGAUUGGAUUCACAUUUCUGAAUAUUUUUUAGUUUGUUUUUGUCAGUAUCGUUUUUUUUCUGUUUUUUUUUUUUUUUUGGUGAUACUUUGAGAAACAGAAAUUUAAACCAAAAAAAAAAAAGUAGAUUUUGAAAAACACCUGUUAAGUCGUGUUCUUUUUUUAGACUUUCGUGACGGGUUGAAAAUAGAAAAGAUGUUUUUCUCUGAUAUUGUUUCAUGAGUCUAGUUUUACCUAUUUGCUGUGUACUAAAUAUUUGCUAAGCUUCUGUUGUGCUUACACGUUGGAAGCAAUCAGGAGCUUCGACGUGGGAGUACCAAGGUGUGAGUUUUCUGUUCGCGUAAAGCUGUGACUGUUAUGAUCCGGAGGGCCAGCAGCCACAAGGACUUGGGGCCAGGCUCCGAGGCUGCAAGCACCAGCAGUUUUGGGGUGCCCCUGUCACCGCCCACCUGGGGGGCCAGCUCUGCGUCUUCUCCCGAGGCGGCUGUCGGAGAAGUCAGGAGAGAUGUUGGGGAACAGCCCAUCUUCACUACACAGGCCCAUGUGUUUCAAAUUGAUGCUGGCACCAAGAAAGAUUGGGUCCAAGCCAGCAAGAACUCUGUCAGUGUCUCUUUCUACUAUGACAACACUAGAAACACUUACAGAAUCAUUAGUGUGGAUGGGUCAAAGGCCAUUGUCAAUAGCACUAUCACACCCAACAUGGUUUUCACAAAAACCUCACAAAAGUUUGGCCAGUGGUCAGAUCCAAGAGCAAACACUGUGUAUGGCUUGGGGUUCUCUAGUGAACAAGAACUAACAAAAUUUAUAGAAAAGUUCAAGGAGGUGAAAGAACUGACCAGACAAGCUUCUGGUGUUAAGUCAGGAGAGGUGAAUGGUACAGGGGAGAAUCACUCCCACCCUUCUCCACAGGUCAGCAGACAGAAUUUACAUCAGAGAACUAAUAGUCUUUCAUCUAUACAGAAUGAUUCAGGUGGUCUACGUGAGCGUAGAAAUUCAUUUACUCAGGGUGGCUCUAAUGGUCUCCCUGCCAAUACUUCCACAGAAGCUCAGUUAAAAUAUGAAAAUGACAGACUUAAGCUGGCGUUGGCUCAGAGCUCAGCCAAUGCUAAGAAAUGGGAGGUGGAGCUGCAAACAUUAAAAAAUAACAAUGCUCGACUCACGGCAGCUUUACAAGAAAGUACAGCUAAUGUCGAGGAAUGGAAGAAGCAAUUAGCAGCCUACAAGGAAGAAAGUGUCCGAUUAAAGAAAAGAAUACUUGAUCAAGACAAAGGUGGAGGUGGUGACCCAUUGAUGGUUGGACAACUAACUGACCAGCUGGAAAGAAUUCGAUUAGACAAUCAUAAUAAGCAGGAGGAAAUAAAACGGCUGAAUGCACAACUCCAAGAUCUGACUAUUAAAGAUGGGCAGACGUCAGGUUUACAAGUUAGAAUUCAGUCACUGGAAGAGGAGAACCACUCAUUGAGCCUCCGCCUUCAAGAUGCUCAUCGGCAGCUGCAAGAGUCAAGGUCAUCUAAAGAUCAGGAAUCCAGAGAACUCCUGCGUCUGCAAGAGAUUUUGGGCUCAAAAAUCUCAGAACUUUAUGAGACACAUGAAACUAUUAUUGCAACCAUCAGAAGAGAAUCCAACAGCUAGUUUGCUGCUUUCCUGUGUAGAACUCUUUGUGUUUAGUUUGCUGCUACUGUGCAUGAGGGCAUUCUAUGAGUUAACUCCAAGUGAAAUAGUUGCCUUUAAUGUUGUGAUCUAAACUAGAUACUGACAGCCUUUACCAGACUGUAGUUACUAGAAUGAUUUAUAUCAUUUGACAAUCAAGUUAAUUUUAUUGAGAAUAUUAGUGCAAUGUAUACAUUUAUAGAUCUUACUUAAUAGCUUGAAUCUUGUUAUAACAAAUUUGUGAUUGUAAUGACAAUGGAGACUUGGUCUAUUGGAACAAAUGAUAAGGCUUCCUUACAGUUGGGUAUUCAGGAUUAUGAAGGCAGGCAGGGAGACCAUUUCAUAUCUUCAAGGUCAGCCUUAGGGACAAUGGCAUCUUUGAGAAACAGUGUGUUUGAUAAUGUCACUCAUGAGCCUUUCUUUCAUCCCAUGUUUCCUUAUCAGCCAAUUGAUGUCCUCUGUAUGGACAGUUAUAUCCAGAAACUACCUUAACUUUCAAUGCAACCAUCUCUCAAGGCCUGAUAGGAUGGGAUAACUUCAUUUCAGUGUGUACAUGGGAGACAGUAGUGAUCUUGAAAUCAGAGAACAAUACUAUUUCAUUGUCAACUGCAGUCUAUGAAUCUUUGUCUCUGUUGUUCCCUAGGAUGACAAGGGGAGGUAGCUGUGUCAUUCUCUGAUCAAAUGUAACUUGUACAUGGAUGCAACAACACUGGAUAGAAGUUCUGUUUAGUUUUUGAACUCAUUUAUAUCCUAUCAUAGUGAUAGUAGAAACAAAUAUUUUAAUGCCGUCCUGGAAACUGUGGAGAAUCUCUAUGUAUCUAGUUGUAAUAGUUUUUUGUGUUUUGGUUUGACAUAAUAUACUGAGUACUUUGAUCACUGACCUAAAAAUGUAUAUUUUAAUGAGCACAAAUGUGUUUCUUAGUUUUCUGUCAAGUCCAAGAGCAUAAUGUUGAACUCUAUAGAGGUUUCCUUCUAAGUAUUUAUUUCUUUUGGCUUAAAUGUAGAAUUUCAUUUAUGUCACUAUUGCUACAGGAUAUGUAUCUGUUUAUUUUUACUGGUAUCAAUGUAAUCAUGUGUAUAGUUUGUGUUCAUGUGUUUGAUCAGCAGGAAAUAGCUAAAGAACAUAAUUUCUUCUUGGAGACAGUAUUAUAAAGUAAAGUAUGAUGUUGCAAUGGAAAAUGUUAAUGAUUUGUGUACUGAUGUUUUUGUACAGUUCAGAAUGUGAAAUUUAAAAUGUAUAUUUUGUAAAACCACCUAAUAACUACAACUAUCUUGAUAACAAUGUACAAACUGUUUGUGUAUAUAUAGUGACAUUUCAUCAGUUUUGAGAAUAUUUUUCUGUAUUUUAUUGUGUAACUUUCAUACAGAUUUCGACUGUGUCAGUAUUGAAUCCCAACAUCUACCAGUGCCUUAUUCUCUUACUCCUCUAUUUGAGUCAUAAAAUAAUUGAAAUACUUUGUAAGGAUGCAAGAUUGUUCUUAUUUACAAACAUUAUUUCUUAUAGGCUCUGGCUGCCCUAGAAAAACAUGAAUUUCCUGAGCUGCAUCACUAUACUCACUUUAGUUGCACAGUGUUUUCAUUCUAUGUAAGACAAUUAAUAAAUGAAACUUUAAAAAUCCCAGUAAUUACAAAAAAUAUCUAUCUGUAUUGCCAGCACACACUUUUUGUUAGUACUUGAACCUGAUGACCAACUUGAAGAAUGAAGGAACCUUCUUUUCAAAUGCAGCUAUAUUCUGUUCACCUUCCUGUUCUUCAUCUGCUGCAUAAAGAAACAAAAUAAGUUUUGCCAUUUUCCAAGUACACUUGAUGUUGCUGUCCUAAUUAGAAUGUGGUUUUUAAUUUCUUGAAACUGUCAAGCCACGAAAGCUUGGAAAGUUGAGAACCAUUAAGAAACUUGGUUAUUGGCACUGUCAUAACAUGCCAAUGCUCGUGAAAGUAGACUGUUACAUAUCAAAGUUAACUUCUUGAACUAAUUUAGUAUAAUGAUUUUUCUUGUGUAUAAUUAAGAUUGAUUUUAAAAAAAACAAAAAAACAGCUUUUUUAUCUUCAACAUUAUUGACCUAAACAAUGACUAUUUCUGACAUAUCAAAUUUUGUUAGGCAUAUUUGUGAACUUGCAGCUAUAUAUCAAGGUCAGUGUACUGAAGGUUGUUUGUACAACUUAUGAAUUAAGUUAUGAAUGAUAUUCUCUUAGGCUAAAAAGACAUUGCUGCCCAGAUUAUUCUUUUUGUUAUAGCCAAUUCUUUGUUUCUCUGUUUAGACUUUUUUUUUCUUCCACUGUUAAGAUGAACUUUUGAGAAUUCUUUUUUACCUUGGUAAACUUUAUAACAGUGCUGGUUGUUUAUUGUGAAGAUCAUUAUGGUGACUGAUUCUGCCAGUGUUUUUAUGUACUCUAAGUGCCAGUAUUGGGUUAGAGAGUGAACUGUUCAUAUCAAUACAUAUAUUUAUUGUACUGUAUGUUCAAAUGCUAUUCAUAUUAAUAUAAAGUAUCACAAAUAAAGUCUACAACUAAAAUAUUUCAA